AUGGAGAAGGUAUGCAAAACACAACCAGAAGAAGAAAUCAAGGCUGCAGCUGCUGAUCAAUAUCACGAAGAACAGUUGUUUGUUGCCACGUGUUCUGCCAACAAAAACACGUCUGAAAGUUGGCUCAUAGAUAGUGGUUGCACAAACCACAUGACUUAUGAUCAAGGACUUUUCAGGGAACUCGACAAAACAACUGUUUCCAAAGUAAGAAUUGGAAAUGGGAAAUACAUCUCAGCAAGGGGCAAAGGGACUGCUGCCAUUGAAAGUCUCUCAGUGUUUGAGCCUGCAGGGUUUAAUGAAGCUAUUGAGGAUAAAAAUUUGAGGGUUGCAAUGCAAGAGGAGCUCAGCAUGAUAGAGAAAAACAACACUUGGGAGCUAGUUGACAGACCAACACAUAAAAAGGUCAUUGGUGUUAAGUGGGUUUAUAAAACCAAACUCAAUUCCGAUGGUUCUGUAAACAAACAUAAAGCCAAACUGGUUGUCAAAGCUAGGUUGGAUACAAUAAGAAUGCUGCUAGCUUUGAUUGCUCAAAAGGGUUGGAAAAUCUAUCAGUUAGAUGUAAAAUCGGCUUUUCUAAAUGGCUACGUUGAGGAGGAAAUCUUUGUGGAGCAACCUGGAGGAUAUGCAGUAAAAGACAAAGAAGACAAGGUAGCAAAACGUAUUGUGAGAUAUAUAAAAGGCACUAUUGACUUUGGUAUCAAGUUCAAGCAAGAUAUCAUGGCACAAUCCACGGCUGAAGCAGAGCACAUUGCUGUUGUUGCUGCUGCAAAUCAAGCACUUUGGACAAGAAAGCUACUAAUAGACUUAAAUAUGGAGCAAACUGGGAGCACACAAGUCUUUGUUGACAAUCAAGCUAUUUUUAUACAAAGCCACCAGGUUUAG